AUGACGACCGACUUGCCUCCCGAGAUCGCGUUCCCCUUGGACAAGCAGAUGCUCCCCGUCCCUGGAAGCAAGCAGCCCGGAUUCUCUGCCAUCUACAAGAGCGCUGCUCAGCCCGACUUCAGCACCAACUGCACCGUCUACGAGACCCUGCUGCGUGCAAAGGAGGAGAACCUCAAGGACGACCUCGCCGGCUGGAGACCCUGGAACCCCAUUACAAAGGACUUUGAGAAGCACUUUGAGUGGUACUCCUACGAGGAGGUCGAAGAGGAGCGCACUGCCAUCGGCUCCGGUCUUGGUGCCCUCGCCAAGCAGGGCGUCCUGGGCAGCGAUGUCGGCCCCUCGGAGUGGACCGUGGGUAUCUGGACGCUCAACCGUCCCGAGUUCAUGAUCGUCGACCUUGCCAACUUGGCCUACAACCGUCGCACCGUCUCGCUCUACGAGACCUACGACGCCGCCUCGGCCCAGUACAUCAUCGACCACGCCGAGACCCGCAUCCUGUUCACCACGCCCAACCACGUCGGCGUCACGCUUGCUGCUGCCCAGGCCGGCAAGCUCCCCCUCCUCAAGGCCAUCGUCAUCCUCGAUGCCUUCCGUCCUAGCAAGGAGACCGUCAAGGCCGGUGUCGUCGAUCCCCAGCGCGAUCUGCUCGCCAAGGAGUGGGCCAAGAGCUGUGGCAUCCAGAUCUUCAACUGGUUCGAGAUUCUCGAUCUCGGUCGCAAGAACCUCGCUGCUCACACUCCUCCCAAGCCCGAAUCCAUCCACAGCUUCUGCUACACUUCCGGUACCACGGGCAACCCCAAGGCCGCCAUCAUCACCGCUGGCAUGGGCGGCUACGUCACCACCACCAUGGCCUUCCACAAGCGAGGCAAGUUCACCGUCAUCUCGUACCUGCCUACCGCCCACAUCUACGCCCGUCUUUGCGAGAUCGUCGUCGUCCGCACCGGUGGUCGCGUCGGCUACUUUUGCGGUGACACCACUCGACUCAUGGAGGACAUGGCCAUCCUCAAACCCGAAAUGUUCCCUUCGGUGCCGCGUGUGCUCAACCGCGUCGCCGCGCUGGUCCAGGCUCAGGCUGCCGGUCCGGGUUUGAAGGGCGCUCUGCUCCGCAAGGCGCUUGCCGCCAAGAUUGCCAACCACGACCGUGACGGUACGCUGACCCACGCGCUGUACGACCGAUUGAUCUUCAGCAAAGUCAAGGCUGUGCUCGGUGGCAAUGUCCAGUACAUCACCUCGGGCUCGGCUCCCAUCCGUGGCGAUGUGCUCAAGCUGCUCCGUGUUGUGCUUUCGUGCGAUGUGCGCGAGGGAUACGGUCAGACCGAGAACUACGGUUUCUGUACUGUCAUGUCGCCAAACGACACGUCUCUCGGCAGCGUCGGUGCCAUCUACCCCGGAAUGGAACUCAAGCUGCGCGACGUGCCCGAUAUGGGCUACACCUCCGAGGACAAGCCCUUCCCGCGCGGUGAGGUUCUGGUCAAAUCGCAGUGCACGUUCCCCGGAUACUACAAGGACGACGCCAAGACCAAGGAGGCGCUGACCGAGGAUGGGUUCCUGCGCACGGGCGACAUUGCGGCGAUCGACGAGUUCAACCGUGUCAAGAUCGUCGAUCGUGUCAAGUCGCUCCUCAAGCUGUCGCAGGGAGAGUACGUGGCGAUUGAUAGUUUGUCCGAGUUCUACGGUCAGAAUCCGUUGGCUGCGCAGUUGCUGGUGCAUGGAGAUUCCUUCCGAGACUAUUUGAUCGGGAUUAGUGUUCCGGAGCCUACGACGUUUGCCCCCCUCGCUAGCAAGAUUUUGGGUCGACAGAUUAGUGCGGAGGAUACAACGGCGUUGCAGGAGGCCUGUAAGGAUGAUAAAGUGGUAGCUGCGUACUUGGAUCAGUAUACCAAGAUCGCUAGGAGCAACAAGUUGAAGGGCUACGAGUACAUUAAAGGUCUGUAUCUGACCAUGGAUCCGUUCAGCGUGGAGAAUGGCCUGUUGACUCCGACGUUCAAGGUCAAGAGGCACGAGGCGGUCAAGCAGUUCAAGGACCAGAUUGAAGCUGUGUAUGCAAAGGGUCCCGCCGAGGUUAGUAGUGGUCGACCUAAGUUGUAA